AUGUCUGGAAGAUUCACUGAGUUACGGCUACUGGCGCGUGAGCGACUUUGCGUACCGUCGGAGCGGAGGCGUCUCGGGGAACCGCUGGUUGAGUCCGCCUACUUUCAGGUGAUAGACGGGGUCAUUGGCGAAUCGGCCAUCGAGUGCGAGGCGUCGAAGGAUUGGACAGCGACUGACCCGGAGUCUUCCGCGUUUUGCGAAAGCUCGAAUCCUGCCACGACUUUCAAGUUUUAUCUCGGAGACGAGGGUUACGGAACUCUAAACAUCAAUCAGAUCUGGAGCUGUCCCAGUGACGAGGAGGGAACUCAGAUCAUCUUCAAAGCAUAUGCAAACCUCAACGUCACCACCGACCCAUUGCCGACUUCAUCACAAGACCCGCUCGUCAUCGAAGAGGCCGGGCCGAUAACUAUCCCCUUUACGCUCAUUGCCCCCGUGGAAAUCACUCCAAGCGAAGAAGCAGUAAAGUUCACCGUUGCCGAACUCACAUGGCUUUGGUUCAACGAGUCCCGCGAAUCUCCGCCGAUCCCCAUCGGGGCCGUCCUCGCCAACAUCACAAAUGAGGUGACGGGCGAAACGAGCUCGUGCAUGCACACGGGCGGGCUUGACCUUAUUCCACCAGAGGAAGGCGGAGACUGCGAGACCUCGGAAGGCUCGGGCUUUACCUUGUGUUCCGGGACUGUAGCAGCGGACGAAUACGGCCCGAGCUAUCUCAACCAGGUAGCCAUUCGAUUCGAUCCAUGUUCAAAGACAAUCCAGAUUGUCGAGAGCUGGUAUUGUGAUGCGGAUGAUGGAGACGACAACGGUUUCAAGUACGCUGCUUUCGGAGACCUAACACCCAUCUCGUGGGAUUGCCAACUCCUCGGCGACGUCGAGUCGCUUCCCGAUGCAUCUCCCGGCCUUCCCGCCAUCGGCACCGUCGUCCGCAACGCGACGGUUUGCAAUGCCGUCUUGAGUCCGGACAAUAACGUGGCAGAGGGUGCCGUCGUUGUCGAGCAUAGCCUCUUUGCAGAUGCAUUCCUUUACCAAGCCCCAAGAGCGAGAGGCUGCCUCGUGGAUUCCAUGAAACCGGAGACCUGGUACUGGAACCUCUUUCCAAACGCUUUCUUGGCUGACGUCGAGCCAGACGGCACCGUCGCUUCCAUGAGGUCGAGGCUGGAGCUUGGUAUCGCGGCGCCGUAUGGCUCGCCUGCCUUUAUUGCUUUACGCCUGCCCAUUCUCUGUUUGGCGACUGCAGUUUUCCCCAUCUACCAGGAGGGAGAUUCCUCACCUCCAAAGGAGUGUUCGACCCAGACACGAACGUGUUCUCCCUCGAGCAGUCUUGGGAAUGCUACGAUAGAAGCCCAAACCAUCCAGUCGUCUUUACAGCCAAGGGCGCCAUCGCAGUCCCCGAGCCUAACCAAGAUCCCGUUCGAAUAA